GCUUUAAAGCGAUGGUGGACAGUCAGUCGUCAGCUCUAGCCGCGAGCGGUCGUCUCUCGAGCUAGUUAUCGCACUCGCGCGCGUUUUCUGACGGUGAUUUGUUUUCCUUCGCCGACGGCCAUGGCGGCGGCCGCGAAGGCGGAAAGUGAGUGGACGGAACAAAGGACCAAGGAGGGGAAGUUGUUUUACUGGAACAGCGUUACCAAGGAGAGUGUGUGGGAGAAAGCGGACGGGUUUCAGGCGGAGAAGCAGCCGGCAACGGACAAGAAGGUGGAGAAGUCUUCGGAACCGGGUCAACCAACCCCGCGCGUUCGCAAGUACCAUGACCAUCCAGGAGGACAGUGGGUCGUUUUCUUCCGGCCGAAGUCCAAGCCCCUGAACCUGAUGCGGAUUGCGGCGGACUUGGAAAAGCACUACUCGGGCGUGACAGAAGUGACGAAGCUCCACCGGAACAUGCUACGAGUUGCUCUCGACAACGCGAAGGAGGCGAACGGAAUUGUUUGUGACCCGAAAUUCUGCGUCGAAUACCGAGUUUGGAUCCCAGCGCGUUCGGUGGAGAUCUACGGUGUGGUCAGUGAAGAUCAUCUUACGGUGCAACAAGUGUUGAAGGGAGUUGGCCUCUUCAAAAGAAAGAACCUUCCGACGGUCCAGGUCAUUGAGGUGAGGCAGAUGGGCAUUUCUGAUGGCGAGGGGGAGAACAAGAAGUUUGUUCCAACAAACUCGUACCGAGUAACUUUUGCUGGCACAGCACUGCCCGACUAUCUGAAAAUCGGCAACGUGCACCGCCUGCCAGUUCGCUUGUACUACCCGAAAGUUAUGAGCUGCAGCAACUGUCAAAAGCUGGGGCACACCAAGGCUUUUUGCAACAACAAAACGAUUUGCGCCACAUUUAAAGAUUUUCGAGCACAGGUUCAAUGCUCAAACGUAUUGCUUUGCAAUGUUAUUCGAUGA